GGGAUGGAUUCACAAAUGUUACUCUGCGGGUGCGACUUGUGGCUGCGGUUCACGACAGUGACCUCGACUGUGUGGCCCCUCACGGGAAUAUCGCACUUUUUGUUGAUGGGUCGGGGCGGUUCGCGCAAUUGAACGGCCCCUAGAUAUCCGCUGCCCAGCUACCUUGACCCGAGCUAUGGCUCAAUCCGACUUGGUGUGUUUGCAAGGGAAAGGGCCGAUGUGCAGAAGAGUAACCGGGUUUAGAUCUUAUCGGUGGGGCUUAUGAGCUGAGUUACCGCUCUACGUGGAUCUCGCCUCAUGAGUGCGACGCCCUUUACGUCUUCACGACUCGUUACUGGAAGGGCCGAUUACGGUCACUAGUGCUGUAUCAUGGAUUCAUCUCGAGAGAGAAUCCUCUCUCCUCCAUCCAGCCCCUAUUGUUCUCCACGUCCCCUGGUUCUGCACCUCCAGACAUGAAUUACUCUCGAGUCCCAUACUUUGUCAAGACGCUUGACUAUGCUGCAAGCUCUAAUGCAUCCACUCAGGCGGACUACGGGAAUGGCACUAUUAGUCGUCUUAUAGAUCGCCGGGCCCGCGCAUAUUUUGACCUUCCCGCCGUGGGAGUGGCGGUCCCUGGAAAAGACAAUUGGGGGGUUAAGGUCUUCUGUAAGUGGAAUACACGACCAAGUGCAUGCUGAACUGGUUUAACAGCUCAUCAAAGCAUAUGAGGGGCUUUCACUUGUGGUUAAUGCGCAUGCCUACCGCCUUGUCAGAACCCGUGUUGUGCACGGUCUUCACGAUGGUAUCCAAAUGUCUCCCGGCUAUACACCGCCAGUGGUGGCUUUGCUUUCGGAUAGUUCGUUAGAGAUGUUGAUCAAUUUCCUUGCUCUCGUGAAAAUUGGAUAUGCUGUUCUUCUUAUCGAGUAAGUAAAUCUCGGUCUCCCUGCCUAGGGCUCAAAUGAUGCACUAACGGGAAUCCCCUCAUUUCCAGUCCGCAAUGUACCACCCGGCAAAUCACCCAUCUUUUGAACCUAUCGUCAUCGAAAUAUAUUCUGGCUUCCCCGGAUAACAAGGCUACCGCCAUCAGAUCCGCUCCCAGUAUUUGUGUACCACGUUUACUCCUUGAGGUCGACGAGCGCUCUCCUUCGCUCUCCUAUCGUACUCCCAACUUUGUUACUGAGUCAGCGAUAGCAUAUAUCCGUCAUUCCAAUAGAGCCAAUGGGAUGCCCAAACUUAUCCUGUGCCCGCACUCUUCAGCAAUUGCUAAUCUUGCGUAUCAGGGUCUUUACGACCAUAAAGCAACAUUCACAACCACACCUUUAUAUCAUGGAGGAAUAACAGACUUUAUGCGUUCGCUAAUGGCAUCCAGCAUGCUCUGGAUGUACCCGUCUAGUGUUCCCAUCACCCCUAAAAAUAUACUCAAGGCACUAUCCGUGUGUCAGCAUCCUAGAGCACACUAUUUCUCGACGGUGCCUUAUGUUUUGAAGGUUUGUGCAGGGGAUGCGGCUGUUGUUCGUGAACUGAAAGAUAUGGACAUGGUGGGUUUUGGUGGAGCACCUCUAGAGGAAGAGAUUGGGGAUUUUCUUGUUCGAAACGAGGUUAAAUUGGUUUCGAGAUUCGAAACUAGCAAGUGCGGGCGUACGACGAAUCCGUGCCCCUCUCAUCCCAGAGAAAUACUAAUAAAUUGAGAAGUCCUGGUGUCAUCGCACCGCGUAUUUUCAGUGGAUAUGGGAUGGGACUACCUUCGUUUUAGGCCGGAUGCUGGAUAUCAGUUUAUUACGCCUAGGGCUGGUGGUGACUCUAGAGACGAGAGGAGACUUGAAUUCGAAGUUUUAUCAAAUUGGCCUCAAAUGGUUACCUUCCUGGACCCCUUCUACGGGCGAUCGCUGACUUGACAAUAUAGAACUGCCAGCCCAAUACAGCGCAAGGAGGAUAUGUCACGGGAGACAUCUUCGUUCGCCAUCCUAGUAUAUCAGGUUUAUUUAAACAUGUCGGGCGCAUAGAUGGCCUGAUCACUUUGUCCAAUGGGAAGAAGCUGGAUCCCACUAUUAUCGAGAGGGAGCUGGGGGUGUCCGAGCUCGCUUUGGAGUCAUUCGUAUUUGGCGAUGGAAGACCCUUUCCCGGGAUUUUGGUUUUUCCUACUUCAGCUAGAGAUGUGUCCCAUGAAGAUAUUCUCAAGGUGCUGGGUGAGGUGAAUGUAGUAGCGAAGAUCGUGCCGGAUAUGAUUGUGUUCCCACCCCCAUACCUAUUCCCCCUAAGAAACACGAGGAAGCAAUUAUUGCGUCAAGCCACCUUCGAUGUCUUCGAGAGAGAUAUCGGGAGGGCCUACGAAAAAUAUGAUCUUCAGGGCCCGUUGGGGCAAGGGCUAAAGGGGGAUAAUUUUGAAGAAUUGGAACAGCUUGUCCGGGGUGUGGUUAUGAGUGCAAUAGGUGAAGAGGUUCUUAGAGGAAAGCCAUUGGAAUCAACCACGGAUUUGUUUAGAUAUGGGAUCGAUUCGAUUACUGCCGUCCAUAUUAGAAACCGGCUGCUUAAGGUGAGAUUUCCACGAACUGAGACUGAUGAGGGGGUUUAUGUGGGUUUUCUUAGGUUGUCGAGAUCGAAUCCUCCCGGUUACCACACCUUGUCGUCUGUGAGCAGACAUCCAUCGCAGGGUAAACAAUUUCACCCAUGGAUAAAUUGAUCUAGUACUUAAGGAUGGGCAGGAUCACAGAAUACAUUCUUGCCAGCUGCAAAGGGGGUGCGGCGUUGGAAGACGGGGAAGCGAGCCUGAUGAUGCAGCUGGUAGAGAAGUACGACGCCGUCGAUGCCUCGUGGGAUUAUGCGGCGAUAAUGGUCCAAAGUGAAAUCUGUAACCAAGUUGUAGUAGGUUUUCUUGUCGCCGCUUGGAACGCAGGAAUAUCACGCUAACGGAACAGUUACUCACUGGCGCAACGGGCGUCCUUGGUGGGCAGAUUGCUAGGCAGAUAGUCACAGAGAGGCAAGAAAUCACCCAGUUAUAUUGCCUUUGCCGCAAGGAGAGCGAGGCCAAUAUGGAGGCCCUCAUUGGUGAACUACGCCGCAUAGCCCCACAUAACAGCCAGUUAUCAAUUUCUUCAAUAGUUGCGGAUCUAGAUUUGGCUGAUGUCGAACUGCGCACCUAUGACCUCUUGAGGGAAGUCACGAUAAUAAUCCACGUAGGUCCGCUAUUUUCCAUCCGUUGUCAAAUACUAAGAGAACUAGGCUGCAUGGUCGGUUACUCUGGAUCCUCUCUCUAGCUUCGAAACGCCUGAUAUCUCAAGCGUACAGCAACUUUUAAGGCUUGCAAGGAAGUGCAGACGCAAACCAUAUUUUGUGUUCUGUUCUUGUGCCGCUUGGCAGGACCCUCAGUCGUAUAUCCACGAGUCCUUCCCCAAUUCCCCAGAUUUUGCGGGCGAGCUGGGCUAUUGCCGCGCAAAGUGGGUGGCCGAGAAGAUCUGUGAGAACGCCGCACACGCCGGUCUGACCGUAGCCCUGAUCCGGCUUGGUGAGCUCUCAGGGCACAGCAUGAGCGGAACUUGGAGCCGUGGUGUGGGGUGGCCGAUGGUGAUCGAGUCUCUAAGCGAAGUGGGGUGUCUACCGGAUUUCGAGCGGAAAUUGAGCUGGCUGCCUGUUGACCUUGCCGCACGUGGGGUACUAGAUAUUGCUUCAGCCGGGAGUGAUGUGGAUACCAUGCGCCCAGAUCCUGUGUUUAACCUGGGGAACAUGAAUACCAGCACGUCCUGGGGCGAUGUGCUGGAGUGGCUAGAGCAAGCGGGAGCAAAGUUCAAGAGAGUCAGCCCGAUGCAGUGGUUGGAAGAAGUAGAAAAGUUGGGACCGGAUUCACGGAGCAAAAAGCCAUAUCCCGCCUGGAGAGCAAAUGUAUUCGCCUCCCUGCAAAUAUAUAGGUACCCCCUGUGCUAACUUUUUCCAGUUCGAGAAGAGACUACUCAAUCCGCCUCCCCAAAUGGAGAUUAGGAAUGUGACUCUCUUUUCAGACGUUUUAGGUGGGGAGGGGGAGGGGUGGAAAAUUGAGCAGCCCUACAUCGAGCUGAUAUGGAAGAAAUGGGUGGAGGAUGGUUUCCUUCAGUAAAAGCCCCGUCGGAUGGGCUAUGCGUGUUUGCCGUUUAGGGAGGUCUCACCUAUUGAAGAUGGGCAUGGAGGGGGGGGGCAUUCGUUUAAGCAGAAGGACUGUGCGUAAGGCCUUAUAGGGGGAUCUCCGUAUGGUGGUUCCUAAACGCUACUCUGUGUAGUUUCUGAAUCUUAAUUCAAUGAUG